UUACCUUGCAGCUCCCACCAAUGAUAGUUGACUUAACACUAAGAUUAACAUAAUUUAUUUUCUGUAUUUCCUUCUUAAAUCAAUUCAGGUAUAAUUUAUUUAACCUAGUAGAUCAUUUCCACAGUAGGGGUCUUUAUCGGUCCAUCUUUCUAAGCAUAAUGGAAGGGGAGGAAUCCCUGAGACGGUUUUCUCCAGAAGUAAUGGUUCAAGAUCCAAACAUUGGAAAUGUCAAUUCUCUACUACCUCCUGUAGUGCUUUUUCAUGGGACUGGGGAUUAUUCAAUACCAUCAGAUGCCAGUAAAUCAUUUGCUGAAACUCUUAAAAGAGUUGGAGUGACGGCUGAAGCAAUUAUGUACGAUGGGAAGACUCAUACAGAUGUGUUUCUACAGGAUCCGAUGAGAGGUGGAAAAGAUGACAUGUUUGAAGAUUUAGUAGGAUAUAUCCACGCUGGUGAUGCUGAGGCCCGUGCCAGAGAUGCAGAGGCUCCUCCAAGGAGACGCCUUGUGCCUGAAUGCAUGUUAAAACUCGCUCAUAGCGUUAGUCCAUUCUAGUCUCCAACUAACAUUCUUUCUCCAUUUUAUUAUUUUUCUUUGUACAUAAUCUCAUUCACCUCCUAAAUUAAUUUUCAACAUUCCAUUCUAUUA